AUGUCUUUCAGGUUUAAUCCUGAAUCUUUCAGGGACAACUCUUUCAAUGAGGAAAUUCGGGCGAAAUUAACCAAGGCGUUGAACUCGUCCUCCGGAUCGUCAACACCAACCAUGGUAGAGACUGCUUCCAGCGAGAAGGGUGCUGUUCAAGGUGCGAAAAUGGCUGCUGUGUCUAAUUCUGGCUCGUUGGGGGCCGCAACUGAUUCGGAGUCCACCAUGAGAUCGAGAAAACUGGAUAUUCUAAAAAGCGAUAUAAUUGUGAGUAAGGUGAACUUCCCAACUAUGCCGAAGCUUGAGAUUCUGGACCUCGAUAUCAGUGCUCAGCCGCGGUCAUUGGUAAAGGGAAUCUGCAAGAUUUCCUGCAUGGAUGCUAUGCUGCAGAUUCAGACAGAGAUCGAAGGGAACUUGUUACUUGUGUAUUCCGAAUACUCGCCAGAAUUCACAACACCAACUUUGAACUGUAAGGGCUCCUUCACUAUUCCUAUCACUAUGGUCUUCAGUGGAGUGCAGCUGGAGGCUAUAACCAAUAUCUUUGUCAAAAACUCUGGUAUCGGAAUCUCGUUCAACGAUGUAAACUUGGACUUUGACUUUAACUGUUCGAUCAAGAUUCUUCAAUCCACUAUUGAAAAGCGCUUGAAAAAAUCCAUGCAGUCUCUUUUCAAGGAUGUGCUACCAAAAGUCAUCUUCAACAUGUCCCAGUCGCUGUUUACCGCCGAAACUGGCUCUUCGAGGCCCACCGAAGCUGCCAGUGGCGAUGAGGAGGCAUACUCGAGCUCAACAGCACCAAAGGUGAUACUUGAAGAAACAGAUAUGCAGGAACUGUCAGCGGCCAACAUGCUCCGCUUAUCAACUUUAAUUUCCUCCCGACAGACUUUAUCGCUGCAGGCGACAGUGCUCAAUGUUCCCUCUACGAUACCUGGUUGUCUGGAGAGACAGAACUUGCAUCGCUUCAACUCUAGGAUUCCAUCCUUGUCGAAUUACUACGCUGCAUAUAAGGAUCCCGAGAGGCACGCAGCGUUGAUGAAAAGAACCAGUUCAACACUCGCCAUCCACCCUCCUUCCUCAUUGAGAAGCGAAAACUUGCUGCCUGAGAGAGUGUUACAGGAGAAUGCAUACGACUUGAAGACGAUUGCAAGUAUUCAAAGCCGCAUAUUUGACAGAGGUGCAGAUGACAAUGUUCGACCUCGUAGACGGAAACUUACUUUGAAAAGGAAAAAGAAGAGCAAAGAAGAGGUUCCCACCGAGGCUCCAGACUCAGGUAUCUCGAGUGGCACAGACACUUUUGUUGGCUCUCCAGAGCCAACUACUCCAGUUGCCGAGGACGCAAAUCAACCAACAACGGAAACAUCCUCCAUUCCUGCUAAUACUAUGCUGUCUUUGAAACUGCCAACAAGCAUAAGACCUAACUACCUUACACGCCUCGAGAGAACCCUACUUCCACUAGAAACCGGCCGCGAGAAAGCAACCGCAUCGAUAAACCCGCUCGAAGAGCCAGGUUUUUCACCUUACAGACCAGAACUACAUCGCUUGCACUCAUCUCUAUACUCCCCUUUGUCAAGGCAUGGUUCCAUGCUGAUAUCGAGCAAAGAAUUGUCCGAGCCAAAACAACUGCUCGACCCCAAAGGCCUGAACUUGCUUUGCCUGAACCGUCACGCUCGAAAAUGGGGCAAUGAGGAAGAACCACCACCAUAUCAGAUUUAG